UGAAACGAGCUAUAGAAACAAAAGAAGAAAUGGGCGACUACAUCCGUUCCUACUCUAUAUCCCAGUUCCAGAAAACCUACAGUCUCCCUGAGGAUGAUGACUUCAUAAAGAGAAAAGAAAAGGCCAUCAAGACAGUUAUUGAUCUCUCAGAUGUUUACAAGCCUCGCCGGAAAUACAAACGCCAACAGGGAGCAGAGGAGCUGCUUGAUGAAGAAUCUCGAGUCCAUGCUACACUUUUGGAAUAUGGCAGGAGAUACGGAUUUAGCCGCCAGAGCAAAACAGAGAAGGCUGAGGACAAGAAAGCAGCACUUCCCACGGGGCUGUCAGCUGCAGAAAAAGCUGAUGCCCAUGAAGAAGAUGAGCUUCGAGCAGCUGAAGAGCAGCGUAUUCAGUCGCUGAUGACCAAGAUGACCGCCAUGGCAAAAGAGGAGAGCCGUCUCACCGCAAGCUCCGUGGGCCAGAUCGUGGGACUCUGCUCUGCCGAGAUCAAGCAGAUUGUGUCCGAGUAUGCAGAGAAGCAGUCUGAACUUUCAGCCGAAGAAAGUCCAGAAAAAUUAGGAACCUCCCAGCUACAUCACCGGAAAGUUACUUCCUUAAACAAGCAGAUUAUGCAGAAGACCAAACAUCUCGAAGAGCUGCAAGCAAGUCAUACCAACCUGCAAGCCAGAUAUAAUGAAGCAAAGAAAACACUGACAGAGCUGAAGAGUUAUAGUGAGAAACUGGACAAAGAGCAAGCAGCCCUUGAGAAGAUAGAAUCCAAAGCUGAUCCAAGUAUUCUGCAGAACUUGAGAGCACUUGUAGCCAUGAAUGAAAAUCUGAAAAGUCAGGAACAGGAGUUUAAAGCACAUUGUCGAGUAAGUGUUGUUUAGCAUCAGCAAACAAACCAGGACUCUUAUAAAUCUCUUGGUGCUCAGGGAGGAGAAGAGCUUACCCCCUCCAGUGGAGAGCCACAUAGUGCCCUGACCUCCGUGAUGACUCAUGAGGAAGACCUAGACAGACGGUAUAAUGUGGAGAAAGAGAAACUCUACAAGAUUCGUUUACUACAGGCUCGAAGAAAUCGAGAAAUAGCAAUUUUGCACCGCAAGAUUGAUGAAGUGCCCAGCCGAGCCGAGUUAAUACAAUAUCAGAAGAGAUUUAUUGAACUCUACCGCCAGAUUUCAGCCGUGCACAAAGAAACCAAGCAGUUCUUCACUUUAUAUAAUACCCUGGACGAUAAAAAGGUUUAUUUGGAAAAAGAGAUUAGCCUGCUGAACUCAAUUCAUGAGAACUUCUCACAAGCCAUGUCCUCCCCUGCUUCCCGGGACCAGUUUUUACGUCAGAUGGAACAGAUUGUAGAAGGAAUUAAGCAAAGUAGAAUGAAGAUGGAAAAGAAGAAGCAAGAGAACAAAAUGAGAAGAGACCAUUUGAACGACCAGUACUUGGAACUGUUAGAAAAACAGAGGCUAUACUUUAAGACUGUGAAAGAGUUCAAGGAGGAGGGCCGCAAGAACGAGGUGCUGUUGUCCAAGGUGAAAGCCAAGGCCUCCUGAACAUCCGCAGCCAUCUUUGUAUGUCAUUGAUUUUUGUUUUUUAAAUACCAUGUAUCUACUACAAGAUCAUGAAAUGGUCCUGAAAGCGACAGUAGAGAGAUGCAGGUGUAAUGAUUUCAAGACCCUUUAUGUUUUCUUUCUCUUUGCUUCCAUUUCAUCUCUGUGUUGGCUGCUGUUGAUGGAAUCAGACGGUGUAAACACUGGCUUUGAUAACACCCAUCAUCUCUGAAGAAAUAUGGGCAGAACUUGUUCUCUGUGUUGAUUCAACUUUCAUUUCUCCAGUAACGUUGCACUUAUGAGGUACCUGUACUUGUAUGGACGCUGAAUAAAGAAAAAUUCAUUUGUUUAGCAA